AUGGGGAGCCAUUCGGGAAGCGAGGGCUGUGCAGCCCACACCUCCGACGCCUUGGACACAGAUCCAGGCGGAGCAUACCUUCCCCGCCUCAUCUCUAGACCCCCCUCCCUUUAUUACGAAAUCUGGAGUAUCUCUGCGCCCGCCGGGCUGCUGGCCGGGCGCCCGGGCGGGCGGGGCGGUGCGUCGUCGUCGGCCGACGGGGCCUCUCGGAGGCCGGCCGGCCCGCCGGCCGCCGCGCGGCGCCCCGCGGAGGGGCGGUUCAUGCCAAGCCGCCACGGUACGGGCGUCCCGCCCAUUUUUUAUUUCACAAUUGUUGAGUUUUCUUUGAGUUUUUAUUGUUCGUCGAACAUCUGCCUGUGGGGGGCCGUGCCCGACUGA